AUGACCCUGUGCCCACCAGAAGAAAAUGUAGGCCCAACUCUCGAUCAUGUCGGUUCAACUUUCCUCAAGACUCCAAAAGCACCAGAAUCAGUAAAUGGGAUGAAAGAAAAAGAUAACUUCAAAAAGCUGGCCAGUCCUGCCUUUCCAUUUAAUGACAAGACUUUGGUGGAAGCAGUAAAAAAAGGAGAUUACCGGGUGCAUUUGUUUUUCCUCUCCCUCUCAUUAUGUCAUACUGUGAUGUCACAAGAGAAAGUAGAAGGUGAGCUGGUGUACCAGGCUCAGUCCCCAGAUGAAGGUGCCCUGGUCACUGCUGCCAGAAACCUUGGCUUUGUGUUCCGUUCCCGCACGUCUGAGACUAUCACAGUGGUUGAAAUGGGAAAAACCAGAGUCUAUCAGCUGCUGGCUAUUUUGGACUUCAACAAUGUGCGCAAGAGGAUGUCUGUUAUUGUGCGGACUCCUGAAAAUCGGGUAAUAUUGUUCUGCAAGGGAGCAGACACCAUCAUCUGUGAGCUGCUUCAUCGUUCCUGUGUAGCCCUUAAUAAAGUGACCAUGGAACAUUUGGAUUAUUUGGUAUACAUCAAAAAGAGACUGGUUCCAGCUGCUGGCAUGAGAAAAGAAAAACAGAUCUAUACAUCUGGGAUCUCUACACCUAAGCAUGGACUAGACUUGGUACACACAAAUAUCUUCCAGGAUUUUGCCAGCGAAGGUCUUCGCACCCUCAUGGUGGCCUACCGAGAGCUGGAUGAUAAAUUCUUCCAGACCUGGAGAAAGAAGCACAAUGAGGCGUGUCUGUCUGUGAAAGACAGGGAAAUUAAAUUAUCAACUGUUUAUGAAGAGAUCGAGAAAGACUUGAUGCUGUUAGGGGCCACAGGCAUAGAAGACAAACUGCAAGAUGGAGUGCCUGAGACAAUCAUCACCCUGAACAAAGCCAGAAUCAAAAUAUGGGUUUUAACUGGUGAUAAGCAAGAAACUGCUGUGAACAUUGCCUACUCCUGUAAUGUAUUUGAGGAUGAAAUGGAUGAGGUGUUUGUGAUUGAAGGCAAGGACAAUGAUACAAUUCUGCAAGAACUCAGGACAGCAAGGGGCAGGAUGAAACCUGAAUCUCUACUGGAAUCAGACCCAAUCAACAUUUACCUAAAGAGGAAGUCCAAAAGGUCCUUCACAAUGCCUGAGGAGGUGCCCUCUGGUGACUAUGGCUUAAUCAUCAGUGGCUACAGUCUGGCUUAUGCUCUAGAAGGGAACCUGGAGUUGGAACUGCUACGAACAGCAAGCAUGUGCAAGGGGGUAAUCUGCUGCCGGAUGACACCCUUCCAGAAGGCCCAGGUGGUAGAGCUGGUGAAGAGGUACAAGAAGGUGGUGACACUGGCCAUCGGGGAUGGGGCCAAUGACGUCAGCAUGAUCAAAGCUGCCCACAUUGGGGUCGGCAUCAGCGGCCAGGAGGGGAUGCAGGCCAUGCUCAACAGUGACUUUGCCUUCUCCCAGUUCCGCUACCUUCAACGUCUGCUGUUGGUACAUGGCCGCUGGUCUUAUAAUCGCAUGUGCAAAUUUCUCAGCUUCUUCUUUUAUAAGAAUUUUGUCUUCACCUUGGUGCACUUCUGGUAUGCUUUCUUCAACGGAUUCUCUGCACAGGCAGUCUAUGAUACCUGGUUUAUCACCUGCUACAAUUUGAUUUACACCUCCCUCCCUGUCCUGGGCUUGAGUCUAUUUGAUCAGGAUGUGAAUGAAACAUGGAGCCUACAUUUCCCAGAGCUGUAUAUCCCAGGCCAGCACAACCUCUAUUUCAACAAGAAGGAAUUUGUGAAGUGUUUAUUACACGGGAUCUACAGUUCCUUUGUGCUGUUCUUUGUCCCCAUGGGAACAAUUUACAACUCAGCACGCAGUGAUGGAAAGGACAUCUCCGACAUCCAGACCUUUUGCCUGCUAGUACAAACCUCCUUAAUCUGGGUGGUCACAGUGCAGAUUGCCCUGCAGACAACCUACUGGACGAUGAUAAGCCACUUCUUCAUCUGGGGUAGCCUGGGUUUCUACUUUUGCAUCUUAUUCUUCCUGUACAGUGAUGGCUUGUGUCUAAUGUUCCCCACCAUCUUUCAAUUCCUAGGUGUGGCUAGGAACACUAUGAACCAGUCACAAUUGUGGCUGGGCCUUAUCCUCAGUGUGAUCCUCUGUAUAAUUCCUGCAUUUGGGUACCAGUUUCUCCAACCACUAAUUUGGCCUCUCAGUGUGGACAAGGUUUUGGACACAAUUCAUUAUGGCAAGAUAUCGCCACCACAAGUUCAAGUCCGGACCAAAGUGAAACACCUAGGCCUGCGACGUUCUGCCUAUGCAUUCUCCCACAAACAGGGCUUUGGGGCCCUCAUCACUUCUGGAAAGACAACAAAGGCCAAGAAAAACAGCUUUCCUCUUAAAAAGUAGAGCCCUUAGGGAAACCCAAAAACAGUCAGUUAUUGUUCUUCCUCCCUUGUAUACAUGCAAUUUAGAAAGGAGGGAUUAGAGUCCCUGGGAACAGCAUAAACCUGCUCCUCCACUCUCAGGACUGGGACUCAGCCUCUUCAUUCCCCAGAAAGGCUGUGCCCAGGUAAGGCAAGAGGUAAGGAAAGAGUCCUCAGAUAUCUGCCAGAGUUGUAGCAUUUCAAGAAAAAUCAAUCUCAGGCUUCCCUUCCACCAUCCCUCUCAAGUUUUAAUCCAGAAAAGCAAAUGUGGAAGUAGAGGUGGUAGAGGGACAGUGCAGGGAAGGAGAAAAAGAAGAUAGGACCUAAGAAUCUUACUUUGGACCCUAUCUCCCAUACCCAGAGCAUAACCUUCCCAGGGGCCCAUAGGAACGUAUUUCCAUCCUAGCACUCACUCUUCUUAGGUUUAUUUGGGAGAUUUAGAGUGAGUAUUUUGCUGGCCCUGAUAGCAAAAGUGGGAGGCAGCUUUGGAGAGUUGGUCUUGAGAAGCCAAAGGAGAGUUUCUGGACUCCAAAAAAGGAUGUGGUUCUUGCUGGGAUAAGUUGCUCAAUAUUUUGCUUUCUUCCCCUCUCUUUUGACCCCUUUGACCCAAGAACUGAUGCAUGAUCAGACCUCAGAACCAGGAUGGGAAAAAUGGAGAGGAUUUUUUUAGAACUCAUGUCUUAGGGGGAUAUAACCAUAAUUGAUGAGCAUCUGUCUUCAUUCCAUAAAAUUAUUUUGAGAAGAAAUUGUAUAUAUUUGGAAUAUUGUUUCUAAGAAGUUUAUGGUAAAAUAAAUUGCAUAUUUUUGAGUGAA